AGCGCGGGGCGGGGCCGGAACCGCGGGACCUGGGACUGAGACGCACCUGUGCACCUGAGCCGGCGCGCAGCGCGUCCCGGGAGCAGCCCCCGGGCUCGCCCAGCUUGGACCGGUAGUCGGCCGUCCACCAUGACCUGGAGCGUCACGGCCCGGGGCGCGCACCAGCCCGACAACACGGCGUUCACGCAGCAGCGCCUCCCCGCCUGGCAACCGCUGCUGUCCGCCGGCAUCGCGCUGCCGCUCUUCUUCUGCUCCGGGCUGGCCUUCAUCGGCCUGGGCCUGGGCCUCUACUACUCCUCCAACGGCAUCACGGAGCUCGAGUACGACUACACCGGCGACGGGGGCGCCGGCAACUGCUCCAUGUGCGCCGCGGCUGGCCAGGGCCGCGCGCCGCCGCCCAGCUGCUCGUGCGCCUGGACCUUCUCGCUGGCCGAGCUCUUCCAGGGCCCCGUGUACCUGUACUACGAGCUGACCAACUUCUACCAGAACAACCGGCGCUACGGCGUGUCCCGCGACGACCGGCAGCUCAGCGGGGUGCCCUCGGCGCUGCGCCACCCGGCCAACGAGUGCGCGCCCUACCAGCGCGGCGCGGGCGGCCUGCCCGUCGCGCCCUGCGGCGCCAUCGCCAACAGCCUCUUCAACGACUCCUUCUCGCUGUGGCACCAGCGCCAGCCCGGCGGGCCCUACGUCGAGGUGCCGCUGGACCGCACGGGCAUCGCCUGGUGGACCGACUACCACGUCAAGUUCCGCAACCCGCCACUGGUGAACGGCAGCCUGGCGCUGGCCUUCCGCGGCACGGUGCCCCCGCCCAACUGGCACCGGCCGGUCUACGAGCUCAGCCCGGACCCCAACAACACCGGCUUCAUCAACCAGGACUUGGUGGUGUGGAUGCGGACGGCCGCGCUGCCCACCUUCCGCAAGCUGUACGCGCGCAUCCGCCAGGGCAACUACUCAGCCGGGCUGCCCCGCGGCGCCUACCGCGUCAACAUCACCUACAACUACCCGGUGCGCGCCUUCGGCGGCCACAAGCUACUCAUCUUCAGCAGCAUCUCAUGGAUGGGCGGCAAGAACCCCUUCCUGGGCAUCGCCUACCUGGUCGCGGGCUCCCUCUGCAUCCUCACGGGCUUCGUCAUGCUGACCGUCUACAUUCGCUACCAGGACCAGGACGACGACGACGACGGUGACGACUGACACCAGCUCUCCAAGGACGCUCCCUGCUUCUCGCCAACACUUGAGAGCUCCUUUUGGCGUCUGCUGCACCCCUCGCCACACAUUUCCUCCCUUGGCGGAUUGGGGGUGGGGGGCAGAGUGAGGAAGGACCCCCCUUCCUCGAGGGGUGCAGGGGCGACUGGAUCCUCUUGCGAGGGGUUUGGACUGCAGAGGGAAACAUCCUUGUAGAUUGCCCCCACCUCCUUAAGGACACCCAGUAGAUAAAUUGGUUCUUAGUCUACAGAGGAGGCAGACCGGAAGGGAUGGUGGAGACUCCUGGCCAGCCGGUAUCAGGUGAAGAGAGGGAGAGCCCCAGGGGUGUUACACAGCUCAGUCAAGAGCAGGCCGCUGGCUGGCACUUGGCUCCUGACUAGAGCUUUUCUCUUUUUGGGGUGAGUUGGGAUAGAGACUAAGGCCUACAAAUUACUGCAGAGGCCUGGAGGGGCUGGUGAGGAAGGGGGACAGAUAUUUGCUAAUAAGUAGAUGAGGAGGGGCCAACCCCAGAGACUCUGACACCUAAGGCUGGGGGGAGACCCUGGAAGCUGUGUAUUAAUACGCUCCUCUGGCGAUUCCUGUCUUCUCUCAAAUUUAGGAAUCAUUGCCCUGAGCCAGGUUACCAAGAUUUGGUAAAUCCAAUUUUUCAGAUUGUAAUUUGUUCCCAGGAGCAGUGACGAUCAAUGGAUCAAUGUUGUAUGUUCGGUUUAGCGUUCUGCCUUGAAUGGAGGAAGUUCUUUAUGAUUUAUGGAAUGAAUGGGGAAAAAAUACUUGCUAUCUCUAGAAAAUGAGUUGGCAUAUAGAUUUACAGGUUACGGUUGGUGUUGAUUCAUGUAAUAUUUUGGUGUAAAAGCAGACACUCAAACUUUACCAGAUGCAGAACAGAAACUUGGAAAUGCAGGGCCAGUCUGGGCAGGCCAGAGGAAAGGUUUUAAUCAUAUAGCUGGAAGAGAAAGUAAUUUCUCUAAAGUCACAUCUGUGUCUCCUGACUCCUGGCUAAAUCCUCUUUGUCAUCUGUUUUCUGGGUUGUUUUUUUUUUUUUUUUUUCAUGGUUAGAGAGGAAGAGAUUUAUUCAUACCUUUCCCUUGGAUCUGGAAAAAAAACCUUUUAAAUUUAUGUUCUCAAAUGAAACGUUAGUUCCUAGUGAUCACGUUUAAAUGAAUACUGAGACAGUGGGAUGGCAUACAGCCAUUAUGUAACCUGGAGUCUUAAGAGUAUUUGAACCUUUGAGAUAAUGUUAAAAUGCUGACUAAAAUCGUGCAAUUGAUUUUAUUGAUUAACAUCAAUCAAUAUGUAUAAAAAGCUAUCCCAAGAAGAAAUAAAAUAUUUUUUAUUUUAAAACUUUUAUGGCAAAAUGAGAGAACUUAAAAAAAAACCACAUCAUUCUAUUAUUGUACAAGUUAUUUGCUAAACUCAGUUACUUGGGGUUCGUCAGACAGAAUCUCCAGUGCCUGCUGUCUGUUACAGCUGCUUUCCAGUUUCUGUUGUUUAUGCUCAUUCCCCUAAAGCAGUGUAAGAUCUGGACUUUUUUUUUUUUUUUGCAGUUUUUGGCCACCUCUGGCAUAUGGGGCCGGCACCCUACUCCUCUGAGCCACAGGUGCCGCCCCGGACAUAUUUUUUUAGUAGACAAAUUUGUAAUUGUAUUGAAGAAUUUACAUUGAUUUUAUUUUACUCUGUUCUAGUUCUGAGGUUACUGACCAGUGGACUGCUUGUGUGUCGGUGAUGUCUGUCUUGGGUCUUCUGGAACAAUUAUGAUUUGAGAGAUUCUGUCCCACCGUUUACAUAUAGAAAAAAAAAUGCUUUAGUUCAAAUGUGUUGGCUUCCUAACUUCUGAAUGUGACAAAAUUUAAUUGUCAGAUUUUGUGUUGUGAUUUCAGGCUAUGAAAACAUAAUCAUUAUACGUACAUUGAGUAAUUUUUAUUUAUUGUGAAUGUUUGAUUGAGUUGCUCACUAGCCCAGCCCUCCUCUGUGGUGGCUAAGAGAGUUAUUGCAUAUUUUAACUGUAGUUGAGAGCAACAUGUAUUUUGCUAUCAUUUUUAGAAUAUUCAAGUCCAUUGCUGUAACAUUUUAAAUGAGAUCAUGAAAAUGAAGUGAUUCUGAGUCAGAUUAAGUUAAUGGAUAUGGUUUCAGACUCUUUUCUCUGGGUUCUUGAAAGAGAAUAAAGGUUAUGUUUAUUUUA